CCAGAGCUGUGAGGGCAGGGGACAGUUUUGCUGUGUCUCAUCCAUCCCGUGUGUCAGUUAAUCUGAAAUCAUGAUGUGAAGCCGUGUGAAAGCUGAGAAAAGGGAUCCACAGUUAAGGCAGCUCAGCUCUGUUUCAACACUUUUCCAAGGAAAAGGAGGAAAUCCCCUGGUUGCUCUGAGUGGAACACAGCCCGUUUCUCAGCCUUCUUCCUCCCCUCAGCUGAAGCAGAGAAUGCAUGAAGCAGUAUUGCCCUAAUGAGAAGAAAAGACUGCUGGAGGCAGAAGCACAGCCAACAGAAGCAGAGCAGAAGGUAAAACCAUGGAUUGCACAGGACAGUGCUAAAUACAAUGAUGGCACUGAAGGUUCAGAUUCUGUUUGGCUUACUCUGGUGUGUGAUUUUAAUGCCUAUAGAUGGCUUCCCAGUAGACAGCAAUACUGAAUUUCGCUCUGCUUUCUCAGUGGCCAGAACCAGCAGCAUGGAAGGGAGCUCUGAGAUGGUCAUUACCUUUGACAAAGUGUAUGUGAACAUUGGCAAUGACUUUGAUCCCAAGACCGGGUUGUUUCGGUGUCGUAUUCCUGGAGCCUACUACUUCUCAUUCACAGUUGGGAAAUACCCAAAGAAAAACUUGUCUGUCAUGCUGAUGAGAAACAAGAAUGAGGUGCAGGUGAUUGUGUAUGAUGAACAUCACCGAAAGGAACGGAAGGUAGCCAGCCAGAGUGCCAUGCUGCAGCUUGACUAUGGUGACACAGUCUGGCUGCGUUUACAUGGAGACCCCAAGUAUGCUCUUUACAGCAAUGUAGGCCCCUAUACAACUUUCAAUGGCUAUCUAAUCUAUCCAGACACUUCUGCCUUCUUCCAGAACGCUCUCAGCUCUCAAGAACUGGGGCCUCACCGUCACAAUGUUCAGAAACUUCCAGGAGAGCAGAAUGCAGCUUCACAGCGACAUAUGUUAUCCGAUCAGCCUAAGAAGGAACAAGACCCUCGCUCUGCAUUUUCUGUUGCCCGCUCACAAAGUCUCCUGGGCACAGAUGGCAAGCAAACCCAGCACGAGCCAAUCACUUUUGACACGGAGUUUGUGAAUAUUGGGAAAGAUUUCAAUUCCUCCACUGGCAUCUUCUCAUGCCGUAUACCUGGUGCAUACUAUUUCUCCUUCACCAUUGGCAAAAUGCCCUUUAAGACCAUGUCAGUGAAACUUAUGAAGAACCACAAUGAGGUGCAGGCCAUGAUCUAUGAUGACAACCACUCCAAGAGGCGGGAGAUGCAGAGCCAGAGCAUCAUGCUGCCUCUGCAGUACGGGGACACCGUCUGGCUCUACAGCCAUCAGCAUGAUGGCUAUGGUGCCUACAGCAACCAUGGCAAGUACAUCACCUUCACAGGCUUCCUGAUCUAUUCGGAGCCUCAGCCAAAGCGGCUCCCAGGUGCCAGCUCACUCCAAGGGUCAGAAAAUUAAAUGUGGAUGUGAAAGGAGCAUAAGAAAAGCCAGGGUGCCACGAACUUGGGUAUAGCUCCUCUUUGGAUAUAGUCCUCUACUUUGAGCAUGCUAUCAUGUGUACAGUGCUUUCUUUAUGCUGCACGAUUGUGCUCUGACUGCAGGGCCAUUGCUGUGUCUGUCAUUCAUCCAUAGAAAAGUCUGUACAGGAAUGUAUGUGUGUGUCCUGUGUUGGUGUUUGACUUAAGCAUAAAGCAUGAGGUAGUUUUGGGGCAGGGGUGGGGCAAUGUAGUGAAAUGCUGAGGAUCAGGGAACACUGCAGUCAUGUUACUGCAGAUCUCUAGCAUCCAGAAAGCGAAGGAUGUGGUGACUUUCCUUGCAUAUAUGGGAAGGAAAUAAAUGUAAUAAAAAAUACAAAAGGUGUAAAAUUUCCUCAGGUUUGAAUUUGUUGUUGCCUGUGAAACUUGUGUUCUUGUCACUGCCUGAAGUGUCAGCUCAAGAGAAAAAGCAGCACAGUGUACAAGCUGCAGUAUUGUACAUUCAUGUGUGCAAAGUGUUGGUACCUUUUAGGGUUUUAUUGGAAGUUUCAUGGUAUUUGAUGCCUUUCUGAAUCUGAACCUCCUGAAUCAAGAAGAAUGCACAAGAAAAGUGUUCAGUAAUCUCAUCUUCCAUUUAAUGAAAACAAUACAUUUAAGAAAAGAAAAGUCUACUUCUGUUUCUUGUGGUAAAGGAUGAGGUCUCAAAUCUAGGAAUGACCCAACCUCUGAAACAAGAUUGCUUAGAAACAAGGUAAGUAAUAGGAAUUUUAGAAGUACUUUUAAAAAUCUAAUAUUUAGGUCAUGACUUAUAUGUGAAUAGUAUUGUGCCAUGCCUUGACAUUAACUUCUUCAGAAAGUAACUCCUUGAACAUAUAAGGAUAUGGCUAAGGUUUAUGCCGCACUGGUAACCUAGCACAAAUGGGAUCGAAGUUACCUCUAAGUGCCAUGUUCAGCAGUUGUGUUCCAGUGGUUUCCUACAGGCUGUGUUCCGUCGAGCCGUAUUGCUGCUGCAGUGGGACUGCUGUGGCUGUAGAGGGCACUGGUAUGUUCCUAAAAGGCAGCAGUUGGGAUUUAGGAAACCAGCAGGCUGGAAGCUUCAGCGCAGUGCGGUGAAGUGCUGCUGCAGUUGAGCACAGCUAAACCCUGGUUUGUCUCCUAAAAUACACGGCAGAAAUGCACCAUCUUAAGCAUGCCCGGAACUGUGUGAUGUCCCCUGAGUUUAACUUGUAGGCUGCGCUCAACAAGUAGCAAAGCCCUUAAACUGACCUUAACAGCAUCCUGAAUUCAAAAGAGUACACUUGCAUCUGCAUCACCAAGCCAACCCCCUGGAUCUUUACAUGCAGCUCUGACUUUGCAUUUUGCAGCAAGGCAGUAUUUCCAGGCACUGCUACCAUCCCAGCUCAGCCUUUUAAUGCUGUUCUGUGCUCAAACUGGAUGUGUUUGCAACCACUCCCUAGCUUUAUCACACUGUAUGCAUCACAGACAUUAAAGACUAAAGGUAUGUUUGGGAAAAGGAUGACUGGAGGUACACUAAAAAAAAAAAAAAAAGGCCAAAGAACACUGAGAUAGGACACUAUAAGACACUAGCUUCCUAGCUUCCUAGAAGCUACACUUCAAAUAUAAUGAUAAUCUUAGUCCCUAUACCUACAUCCUUGGGGGGGGGGGGGAGGGGGAAGCUUUAUGAAUGGUGUAAAUCUGUUCUGUAGCCUUUUGUAGCCCUAACCUGACCUCUAAAACCACUCUCUGUGUCUUCUUGCUUCCAGGCUUAUUCCUGUCUCAGAAAUACUAUUUUGUCUUUCCAUCUGCUGGGCAGCAGUGGCUUGGAGAAAAAUAAACUAGGUCAAGAGCUAGCAGUUCCCUCCUUGAAUGUCAUACACCUCCUUUUUCAGCAUGGAAAAUUAAGAAUGUACUGAUAGAAAAGAAAUUACAGAUCCCACCAUCUGCAUGUGCAGUGAAUACUCCAAAUUAAUGUGGCAGCAGGAAACCCAAUAGAAACAAACAAAAAAUCAAAACCCUCCUGUGUAGAUGAUCAUAUUUAUUUAGUUCCACACAGCAAUGUGUAAGAUAGAGAAAGUUAAGUAUCUCAUUCUAUAAAAUAAUUACGUUUCUGAUUUUGAGUAUAAGGAUUGUGUGUUUGUUAUGUUUGUCUUGUAAAGUGCCAUAGCAGUACGGAAGAGAACUUCAGAAGAGAUAAAAUCUGCUGUAGAAAUAACUAGGUCACUAUCCUUGGGAAUUUAAAUGAGAUAUAAAAAGUAUAUUCCAAACUGCUGGCUGACACAAAGCAGUAUACAUAUGUAAAUAUAAUAUACAAAUACAGGGAAGCUUUGUAGAAUACAUGCAGUUUUGGUUGAUCUUUUAAGAAAAAUGAACACGUUAUGUGGAAAAUUACUUUGGGCACAUAAAAUGCGAAUUGCAUAACCAGGAAGCUGAAAUUAAGUGCACUACCUGUAUUGUGAAACACAGCAGCAUCUGCUUAGCUGAUUACUGGAGAGGAGAAAAAAGACUGCAUUUGGCUGAAACCACAGAAGGAAUAGAGGACGCCAAGCUGAAUUAUUCAAGAUAAAUUCUGCUAAGACACCAGUGUAACAUCCUGGAAAAAACCUGCCAGGACAACUCCCUAGAAAGCAUCAGUGAUCAAGAUAGAUAACACUUCUAAAUAGCACUGCCUACAUCAGCCCAACCCACUUAAAAAAAAAACAAAAAAGGAAAAAAAAAAGGAAA